AUGGGAACGGAUGCGCAAACCCCGGACUCCAGCGGGAGCUUUGAUUUCCAACUCUAUCGGUAUACCCCAUCACUGCCUGCUGCGGUCGUCAGUGUCGUCGUCUUCGCCAUCCUCACAAUUCUUCACACCUGGCGGCUGUACAAAGCACGGGCCUAUUAUUUUACCGCGUUCACCGUUGGUGGUUUGUUCCAAACCAUAGGUUACUGUAGUAGAAUAUUGAGCCAUUAUGAUAAGCGUUCCAUCGGCGGUUUCAGUAUUCAAGCUAUCUUUAUCCUCGUCGCUCCAGCCCUAUACGCCGCCUCGAUUUACAUGAUACUGGGUCGCCUCAUUCGAACAGUCAGGGGCGAGCAUCUGUCGUUGAUACCCGUCGACUGGGUGACACGAAUCUUCGUCACUGGAGACGUGAUUGCCUUCUCGCUGCAGGCGGGAGGCGGUGGCAUCCAAGCUGCGGGUACUAUGGACCUUUACCAGGCUGGCGAGAAAAUCAUUAUCGUGGGACUCUUUGUCCAGAUAGUCGUGUUUGGAUUCUUCGUCGUGACCUCUCUACUCUUUCACUACCGUCUCGCGAAAAGCCCUAAAAGUAUUUCCGAUCCAACCACGCCCUGGAAGAGGCAUCUAUUCGUGCUAUAUAUUACGAGCGGCAUCAUCCUAAUACGAAGCAUCUUCCGGGUCGUUGAAUAUCUACAGGGAAACGGCGGCUACCUUAUCUCUCACGAAAUAUUCCUCUACAUAUUCGACACUCUUUUAAUGGCCAUAGUGAUGGCUAUUUUCUCGAUGUGGUAUGUCGAAAACCUUGAGGGCAAAAAGUCAAAGAAAUCGAGGGAAGAGCGCGACAUAUCAGGAUCGAAUGAGUUCAUGUUGGAAGGGACACGCAAGUGA